AAAGGCGUCUGUUUCUGUGUGGUGUGUAUCGGUCCUGUUGUAGACUUUCGUGCUUGUGCUGUAUUUUCAUUUAUAUCCUAUAAUUUACGUUUUUUUUAUAGUUCAUUUAUGUGCAAACGUAAUAACUUAUACGAUCUCCUUCAUCCAUACUUCAAAGCUGCUACUGGCAUUGGCUGCUAAUUGGAUAUCGGCAUAACCUAAACUAAGAGCGCCUUAAAAGGAUUAAUCAGGAGAACCAGGUGAAUUUAAAGUUCUCUGACUUGGCCAGGACAACCCUCUCUCCCCUGCUGUUGAGCUCAACUCUCUAUUGACCAGGCUAGAGAACGUCACAUCACGGCUAGAGAAGACUGUUGACUCACCUAAGACACUCACUCACUCCAAUUCUGCCACUCAAGUGAACUUGUCGCCACCUCUCCGCUCCAGUAUGAGCUCUCAGGCUUACCAGGACAUCAUCUCUGGCCCUCUGUCAUCCUACCUCUCACUGUCCAGCAAGAUAGGAGCUGAAGUUGCUGCCCAGGCCAAGCUAGUCAGCGAUGCUUUCCAGACGCAGCUGCAGUACCUGAGGCUAGCCGAGGCCCGGACAGUGCCAUCACAGUCUGAGCAGGCAGGUCUGCUGCAGCCCACGUCUGCAGUCAUCACUGCCAUUCAAGAGCUGCGGGAGAAGAACCGUACCUCACAAUACUUCAACCAUCUCAGCGCCAUCAGUGAGAGCAUCCCCGCACUGGGCUGGGUCACUGUGAGUCCUGCCCCAGCACCAUACAUCAAGGAGAUGAAUGAUGCUGGACAGUUCUACACCAACAGAGUCCUCAAGGAUUGGAAACAAAAGGACCAGACGCAUGUGGACUGGGUGAAGGCGUGGGUGGAGACGUUGACAGAACUACAGGCAUUCGUCAAGCGACAUCACACGACGGGACUAGUGUGGUCCAAGACAGGCUCAGGUGCUGGAGUACCCCCUCCCCCACCCCCUGCUGGCCUACCUCCCCCACCCCCUCCCAUAGACUGUCUCUCCCUUAGUGAUGACGGGUCACAGGACCGGUCCGCUCUCUUUGCCGAGAUUAACAGAGGCGAGGACAUCACCAAAAGCCUCAAGAAAGUGACGCCAGAUAUGCAGACACAUAAGAACCCCGGGUUGAGGACGGGUCCGGCCCCGUUCAAAGCUGCAACUGCCCCCACAGCCCAGGUUCCCAGCCCCGCCAAGGUUCUCGCCUCCAACAAACCUCCAGUCUUUGCGAAGGACGGCAAGAAAUGGCUUGUUGAGCACCAAAGAGGCAACAAGAACCUGGUUGUGGAUGGUGCAGAGAUGAACAAUGUUGUCUACAUGUACGGCUGCCUAGACUCCACUCUCACAGUCAAGGGGAAGAUCAACUCCAUCUUCCUCGACUCCUGCCGCAAGUCCGCCGUCGUGUUUGACUCUCUCGUGUCCUCCGUGGAGUUCGUAAACUGCCAGUCUGUCCAGAUGCAGGUGCUGGGUAAAGUCCCGACGAUAUCCAUUGACAAGACGGACGGCUGUCAGAUGUACCUGAGUCCCGACUCCCUCGAUGUGGAAAUUGUCAGCUCCAAGUCUUCGGAAAUGAAUGUUUUAGUGCCAAAAGGAAAUGGAGAUUUUGCUGAAUUUCCGAUCCCAGAGCAGUUCAAGACGACGGUGGGCAAGUCUGGCCUCAACACUGUUGUUGUGGAAAGCAAAGGCUAAUCAUCUUUCUUUCAGUGUCAGGAGGCUGUGAACCUGCGUACUAUUUAUUUUUAGCUGCUUGUAAUAUUUUAAGCUAAUAUUAUUUUGAGGUAUGUAUUCCUUUCUGCUUAUGCGCUUUGGACACUUCCAGUUCUGAUAGUUCUUUGGAGACAACGUUCAGAAAAGGAAAAUUGAGUCAACUGACUGGAAUAUGUUUAAAUGUGAACUAAAAGUAAUUGCUGGCAAAUAAUUGUAAUGAAUAUUUUUAUUUAUUAGUUUGACAGCCGCAACUUUCUGUUUGAUGCGGUUAAACCAUAGUUUUAAGUGAGAAUAGGGCCAAAAUUAUAUAUAUAUAAAGGUUUUAUUUAUAAAUCGUCUGUAUUUGCCCAUAAAGUGAGUCAUGAUGUAUUUCAAGUUCUAGUUAGAAUAGAAGUUGGGUAACUGAGUGGUUGUAGUGUCAGGUCACUGGUUCGAUCUUGAUAAAAGCUAGUAGCUCUUUGGUGGUUCGAAACAAGGCCAGCUAUCAGUGAUUGGGCUAAAGAAAUGGUCCUGCCUAAGGAAACAGCUGAUCUUAGUAGGUAACAAAAGCUACACAGAUCAUCCACUCCAUUCUGCACUCAUCCAGAUCCUGCAUUUGCAUUCAGCUUAAAAUGUGCACUUCAAAAAAAUUAAAAAAAAACACCACAUUACAGGUUUGGUCUUUAGCUUUGUACACUUCCACACACACACUCAGACUCAAACACAGGGAAGACAUCACUUCGAAAACCACUUUUUUGGGGUUCAGGGGGACUCAAAAUGGAUAUAUCCACCAAAAACCUUAACUCUAAUUUAUUUACCAAAUCAAAAGUUGUUUUUUUAUUUAUGGGGGGGGGGG